AUGAACAAUGCGAGCGUCCAAAAUUUGGAGGAAGCUGUCACGAUAGCGUCGGAAUUCAUAAUGACCCUUGAUAACUUACCUAGCGAAGUACAAUUUCUUCUGCAAGAGCUUCGCUCGAAAGAGACCGACUCUCAAGAGAUCCAAAAUGAUCUAGCCAAAGAGGCUCACAAAUAUAUGCGACAUUCCCUACGAUCAGACGGCGCGGACCUCACCUCGAAAGAGAAAGAUAAAAUAACAACACCACCAACUGAGAAACUGAAGGACGCUCAAGAGAAACUCUCGGCGCUUUCAGACGAGAAAAUUGCCAUAGCCUCUCGUAUCGUCGAUCUACUGUCCAGGAAGCGGGCCCGGUUAGAAUAUGACCUGGGCCGUGUCCUCGUUCUACAAGGGGAAACGGAUCCAGCAGCUGUUUUCGCUGGCGCUGCGACUUCGACUCCAGUCUCUGUAUCAGGGCUUGGUAGUGGUACUGCCGGCUAUGUACUUGGAGGACGCAAUCCGGUCGCUCAAAUCAAUGAAAGCCUACGAAAUGCGUUCGCUGGCGGUACCGCCAUCCCUCUGGCAAGUGGCUCAGGAAGCAUGUCUGCUGUCGGGGGCCGUGCUUCUGUUACUGGGGAGGACAAUGCAUUCAAAAAACGGAGAUUAAUGACGGCGCAAGGCUCUAUUAAGUUGCCAUCACCCGCGCCAUCUGCCUAUGCCCCUUCUACUCGGGGCCGCCGGAGAAGACGAGGAGCUUCAUCCGAGGCUGAGGACUUCGAUUAUGACUAUGGAGAGGAAACUCAAGGUGCAGAAGAAGCAGAAGAAGGUGAAGGUGAAGAGGGCGAAGAUGGUGAAGAUAAGGAACUGUACUGCUUCUGCCAGAAGCUGAGUUACGGAGAAAUGAUCGCGUGUGACAACCCAGAUUGCCCUUAUCAAUGGUUUCACCUCCCUUGUGUCAACCUCAAGCAACCACUCCCUGAGAGUUGGUUCUGUGAUGAGUGCAUUAGAAAGAUGGGUCCUCCCGCGUCUGGUCCUGGCCGGAAAGGCCGGAAGAAAUAG